UGUUUGACUAUGCCUCCCAAGAACUUCUUUAAAUUCCCCUUCAUUCCACUCAAUCCCUUAGGCUCCUCUUCACCUCUCCUUUUGCUUUGCCUCUCAAAGAACAUAACAGUGAAGCUCUCUCUCUUCCUCUUUCUCUCUCAAAGCAUACUCUCAAGGAAAGAUGGAGUCACCACCUUCUGGCUUCAUCAAACAAACCAUUAUUUUCCUCAAGUUAUACAUAAUUCUAUACAUCAGUUACAUACCUGACAGUACUAACCACCUAUUUGCAGCCUCAAUAAUUCCUCCUCAUUUUGGUUCUUCAGAUAUAUCAACUUAUGCACUGCAAACACUUGAAUUAGAUGGAUACCUCAGCUUUGAAAAUAAUCAUCAAGCAGCAACAGAUUUUGGAAACAGAUACCAUUCACUCCCAUUAGCUGUUUUACAUCCAAAAUCCGUCGCCGAUAUUUCAAGCACGAUAAACCAUAUUUUCAGAAUGGGAUAUGCAUCGGACUUGACGGUUGCAGCUAGAGGUCAUGGGCAUUCCAUCCAAGGUCAAGCUCAAGCCUAUAAUGGUGUAGUUAUCAGUAUGGAAUCAUUUAAGGGAGCAGAAAUGAAAAUAAAUGCAGGGGAAUUACCUUAUGUGGAUGUUUCAGCUGGAGAGCUGUGGAUAAAUAUCUUGCAUGAAACUCUUAAACAAGGGUUGGCACCAAAAUCUUGGACAGAUUACUUGCAUCUUACUGUUGGAGGGACCUUGUCAAAUGCUGGCAUUAGUGGGCAGGCUUUCAGGCAUGGACCCCAAAUCAGCAAUGUUUAUCAGCUGGAAGUUGUCACAGGAAAAGGAGAAGUGGUUGUCUGUUCAGAGAAUCAAAAUGCAGACCUUUUCCAUGCUGUUCUUGGUGGGCUUGGACAGUUUGGCAUCAUAACAAGGGCAAGAAUUUCUUUGGAAAAGGCACCAAAAAUGGUAAAAUGGAUAAGAGUGUUGUACUCAGACUUCUCCAAAUUUACAAGAGACCAAGAGUAUCUGAUAUCAUCCAGUGAUCAAUUUGAUUAUAUUGAAGGAUUUGUAUUUAUUAAUAGAACUGGUCUCCUCAACAACUGGAGAUCCUCUUUCAAUCCCAAAGAACCACUUCAAGCCAGCAAAUUCAAUUCAGAUGGAAAAAUUUUCUUCUGCUUGGAAAUAGCAAAGUACUUCAACCCGGAUGAAAUCGACUUUAUGAACAAGCAAGUUGAAAGCUUGUUGGCAGAGUUGAGCUAUAUUCCAUCAACCCUCUUCACAUCAGAAGUUACUUACCUGGAUUUCCUCGAUCGAGUACACGUCUCCGAGAACAAGCUACGUGCGAAAGGUUUAUGGGAAAUUCCUCAUCCAUGGUUAAAUCUACUAAUUCCCAGAAGCCAAAUACAUGAUUUUGCUAACGAGGUCUUUGGUAACAUCCUUAAGGAUACUAGCAAUGGACCCAUCAUAAUCUACCCAGUUAACAAAUCCAAGUGGAACAACAGAACAUCUUUGGUCACUCCAGAUGAAGAUAUUUUCUACUUAGUGGCAUUCUUAUCUUCUGCAGUUCCAUCUUCCUUAGGAACAGAUGGCUUAGAACACAUUUUAGAACAAAAUCAAAGAAUUUUGGAUUACUGUAUUGAUUUCCUCCCUGGUGUUAAGCAAUAUCUCCCCCACUACAGCACCCAAGACGAAUGGAGAUCUCACUUUGGGCCCAAGUGGCAGACUAUCUUGCAAAGGAAAUCUAUCUAUGAUCCUUUGGCAAUUCUUGCUCCUGGUCAGAGGAUAUUCCAAAGGGGCAUUAUUCCCUUCUUAUGAUACUUGAUCUGAUUAAGCAACACAUAAAAAAUUUCCUUAAAGAAUGUGAAAGCUAUGAUGACAAAAAAACUGUAAAUUAAAUGAGAAAUCACAUUAUGCUGUUAGGGAUCUUAUCAAUUAUCAGAAAAAAAAAAAAAAUAUAACAAGCCAUUCUGGUGAGUUUUCUUGAGGACCCUGAUAGGCAUAACGAAUACACCGACUUAGAAACGUUGAAACACUGCCCUGUUGAAUGUCCCCAAUAAUCUAGCUGGGACAGUCAUCUUCCUUAUGUAUUCUUCUGUAUAUAUACAUAUGUUUAUACGCUACAUGUACCGUUAAGCAGUUAAGUGCAAAUAUAUAGUAAGCAAUUAAGGAUCUUUGCUUAUAUAUGUGUGCAAUGUACAUGUAUGUGUAUCUAUAUAUGCAUUGAAGUAAAAUUAUAUCUAUGAUUCAGAUGUA